GUGAGUGCGCCAGCGUUUGGCAUACCUGUCACUCCCGUCCCCAGUCUGACCACAGAUGUGAUAAAAGCGGUGCCAAAACCACCGGAACCUAAACCACAAACGCCUGCAUCGAAUCAACAACCGGUACAUCAGUCGACACUACCGGCACCUGAAUACAAGUCGCAUCACGCGAGCGGUGGACAGUCAGCCACCGGUGCCAAGAGUCCGACGGCCGAGGAGACCGCUGCCGCCACUCACGAGCUAUAUAUGACUGCCAUUAAGGAGCAGAUCAUUGAGUUUAAGAAACUGAUGGCCGAGACGUCGAAAAAGUUUUCCCAAAUAAAAGUAAAAAUUGGCGAAAAAGAGGAACAAAUGAGACUCAGAAGCGAUACCCGGCUUAUAGAGGAUGUGCUCAAAGAGAUCAAAGAGAACUUCCGGAGCACCGGGAGAGACACGUCGACACUACAGUCGUCGCUCAUCGAGUCGUUCUCGCUCUUGGAGGAGGCGAAGAGUAUUAUGAAUCGCAACGUCGACCCCAACUAUAGGCAUCUCCUGAGACAGAGGGCGCUCGACCCCAUCACCAGCCGACGCAUGCAAGACAUACUGGCGCUCAACGCCUACAUUGAAACUCAGUUGAGGGAAUUGGACGCGAAGUUUGAACAGGAAUGGUAUGAGUUUUUGGAUAAGCGGAAGGCAUUGAAAGGUAAACCGCCGGCGCGACUACAGGGGAACUCCGGGUUGGAUCUCAUAUACAAGACUUUGGCGAACAAUCAGCGGGCGAUCUCUGCUCUAAAAAUACACGUCGACUCCAUCGAUGGCGCCUCCCCUGACAGUGUAUCGCCAUUACGUGUGCGCGCGCGGGGAGGGGUGGGCUCUCGGGAGGGGUCGACGCCCGACUCGUCGCACCAGAAACUUGUGGACAAAUUGUCGCAAACGAUGGAUAAGACGACAAUUAAAGACAUUCCCGACGCGAACCUACCCAUCGAUCGCGUGUUUAAACUGAAGACUAUAUCCGCCGAAAAGCUCAAUAAUUUGCGCCAAUUCUUCGAGAACCGGGCGAAAGUACCGGUGCGUCGAGCGGUGGACAACUCGUCGCGGUUUAUGUCCGCCAUUAAGAAACUCAAAGACAAGGAGAAGUCGAUACAAACGGCGAGUCCCGCGAAAAGCGACUCAUUUGUGGCCAACAGAAGCGCUGCCGACCAGAGGCCGCCACUGACAGCACCGGCAGUCGCGCCGCAGAUGACAUCCAUUGAUAAUAAAGUGAUAAUAACGCCAACUGUCGUCACGAAGAGUCCCGAGAGGCCGGUGCCGACCAAACCGGUCGAGACGGCGACGACGCCGGCGUUCGCACCGAAAUUGUCGCUUAAUUUGCCAUCACUUUCCUCCCCAUUCGAUCUCAACGCCAAAUCCACGCCUACCGUACCCCUCGUCCCGUCGAAAACUACGGGCGCCGCCAAAUCGGCCGAUGUUUUCCAGUCGUUUGCCUCCAAACCGCUCUCUUUCAGUCUCAGCGCCACUCCCGUCAACACUGCCUUCAAGUCCACUCCCAUAUCGUCUACGCCGGCAAAGCCUACGCCCACCGCUGCCGCCGCACCGGUAGUGCAGAACCUGAUCUCCGCUAAACCGACCGCCGAGUCGGUGCCUAAGAAGCCCGAGAAGUCUGUGCCGGUUCGGGAGGGCUCGCCAUCUAAUGCGAGCAAAAGUGUGAGCUUUGGAAACACAACAAUCAUUAAUCCGUUGGACACGACCCCCGAUGACGAUGACAUCGAAUCGCGCGACCGGUUGGACACUAUCACCGAAUUGUCCGAAACGAACGACUCGUCCGCCACUAACAGCCCCUUCACGGCCUUCAAAGGGUUCGGCGGUACGAACGACUCGUCCGCCAAACUGGCGUUCAAUUUGAGCGGACAGUCGACCACUGGUUUCAGUUUCAAUUCGACGCUCGAGGCCACCAAACAGAGGGACCCGUUGCCGAAGUACGAGGACAUCAGCCCGCCCUCUACUCCACAGCGAACGGCGCCCCAAGAGGUGCCCAAACAGACGCCUACCGUUCCCACCGAUGAUAGUAAUGGUGCGAAACCGGUGUCUAUUCUGAAGGCAUUGAUUUCGGGCCAAUCGAGCGAUGAUAAGGAGAACGCAUCGAAGCCGCAGACGUCGACACCUCUACCAUCGCUGAUCGCUAUUAAUAAAGUGGAUGUCGUGUCGCCCACACCUCUCACCGCUUCCAUCACUACCUCUGCACCGGCAGCCGGUACCCCACAAACAGCAAAGCCCUCAUUGUUGGCUCAACUGAUCACAGGGCCGCCCACUCCUACAUCGGAGCCAUCGACCACAACCUCCCCAUUGGCGGCGCUAUUAGCCGCCAAUCAGCCGACAAACGGAACUACAGCUCAAAAGCCGGACUCCAUUACAUCGCCGCUAGGUUUUGGUCAAACGGCGCCCGCUUUCGGUCAGACGCCGUUUGCCAAUUCGUUCAGCUUUGGCAACACAGCGGCCCCGACCGCCACCUCGGCUACCAGUCCCGCGACGCCAGCCUUUGGUAACAUAUGUAGUCCGACAACAACUGGUGGGGGACUGGCGUUCGGCGGGUCUACGGGUUUCGGUAGUGCGGCAGCCAAUCAAACGCCAGCCACCACUCCCUUCAAUCAGCAACAGCCGGCGCUCAACAACAUGUCGUUCGGGGGGUUAGGCGGACGUCCCAGCGCUGAGAGCGCCUCAAAGAACGCGUUCGGCGGCGCCUUCUCGAGCCCGGCGCUAAACACCGGCUUUGCCGCCAACGCCCAGCCCUCCGGGUUCGCUGGGUUCAAGACGGCGCCCGCCGCCGGAGGGUUUGGCAGCGGAGGGAGCGGUAGUUUUAGCACCGGUUCGGGAGGUGUGGCGCAGACCGGGUUCGCCGCCUUCCAGUCAAGUCCCGGCGCCGUCGCUCAGCAACAGCCGACUCAACCCGUGUUCGGCGGAGCGCCGGCUUUCGGUGGUUCGCCGACGUUUGGGGGUUCGCCACAACAGCCGGCGUUCGGGGGUUCGCCCUCCUUUGGCGGCGCCCCUCAGCAGCCGGCGUUUGGCAGCGCACCGGCCUUUGGCGGGGCGCCGGCGUUCGGGUCCAUGGGCUCCACCGGGUUUGGCGGGCAGUCAGCGUUCGGCGGCAACACUGGGUUUGCCAGCACUGCGGGUGACCUGAGUUUCGGAGCCCUGGCCUCCAGCGCCCAACAACAGGGGUCUCCACAGCAACCGACGGCCACACCGUUUGGCGGCGGCUUCUCGGGGUUCGGCUCGUCGUCCGACGCCUUCUCGUUCACCCAAAGGAGGAAAUGAUUGGAGUUUUGUUUGAAUGCAAAUGUUUUUGUAGUUAUUUUUUAAUGAAUUGAAGUUUUUUUAAAGUAUGCAUCGAUUGCGAGAUAUAUUUUAUGAGAAAUAAUG